GUUGUAUGAAAUUUUUGUUCAGCUUCUACCUAAUAAUUUCAACGGUACAAGUAACGAUGAUUUCAAAAACAUUAAGAACAAUAAUUAUGGGACCUCCAGGUUCUGGAAAAGGCACAAUAUCUUCUAGAAUCGUGAAUGAUUUCAACCUGAAACACUUAUCAAGUGGUGACCUUUUGCGAUCCCAGAUUCAUAACAAAACAAAGGAAGGCUUAGAAGCUAAAACAUUCAUUGAUAAAGGUCAAUUAGUUCCUGAUAAUGUUAUGGUUCAGCUAAUUCUGAAUGAACUGCAGAAACUGAAACAUGAUAGUUGGCUUCUUGAUGGUUUUCCAAGGACUGUGCCCCAGGCUGAGGCUCUUCACUCCAAGGAACCAGCUGAUGUUGUUAUUAAUCUUAAUGUUCCGUUUGAAAUCAUAAUGCAGAGAUUAACGGUCAGAUGGACACAUGCUCCUAGUGGCAGGAUCUAUAAUACAGAAUUUAAUCCUCCAAAAGUUCCAGGUAAAGAUGAUGUGACAGGUGAAGAUUUAAUACAAAGGGAGGAUGAUAAACCAGAAACUGUAAGGAAGAGGCUGGAAACAUAUCAGAAUCACACAGAACCAGUGCUUAACUAUUAUAGGAACCUCGGAAUCCUGGAGGAAUUCACAGGAAAAUAUUCCAACGAAAUAUGGCCAAAGGUACACAAAUUCCUAUCAACAAAGAUUGAACCACUUCAGUAUACUGUUUACAAACAAAGUGAAGACAUUCAGCUAGAAGUGAUUGAACAGAGUCAGAGUGUGUGUAGAUCUUUUUAAUUGGAGGUAGAAAAAUGAAUAAUGGAUGAGUUCAUGAGUGUGAACAUCCUUUAGGGUCCUUGCACAAAGACAUUGAUUUUCUGAUUGAUGUACAUGUAUAUCUCUUCUGUAAGAGUGUAAUUAUGAGUUCAAUUUAUUUUUUGUUCAGUCUGCAUCUCUUUUUUUAGAGCAGAGACAUAUAUACCAAGUACACUUAGUAAAUACAGCCUUGGUUUGUAGAACUUUCUGUUUUAUACAAAGAGGUUGAAUGGCACAUCAUGUGAAUAUUAAAUAUUAA